UGCCAUGAGCAGAGGCUUCGGUGGGGGCGGAAACUUCCGCGGAGGCCAUGGAGGUUUCCGUGGUGGCGGCGGCGGCGGCGGCUUUCAUGGGGGCAGUGGCGGUGGCUUCCAAGGAGGCCGGGGAGGUGGUGAUCGGGGUGGAUUUGGUGGUCGUGGCGGAGGCCGUGGUGGCAGAGGUGGCUUUGGUGGUGGUUUUCGGAGUGGCUUUGACCAGGGACCUCCUGAAGAGGUUAUUGAGUUUGCUUGCCUGAGCCACCCAUGCCAGGACGACUUGGUGGCUAAAGUGACUGACGAGCGGGUGCCUUUCUUCAAUGCCCCACUUUAUUUGGAAAACAAGCAGCAGAUUGGCAAAGUUGAUGAGAUCUUUGGACCUAUCAAGGACUACUUUGUCUCAAUCAAGCUUCAGGAGGACGUAAAGGCGAGCUCCUUCAGCAAGAAGCAGAAGUUCUACAUAGACCCUCGCAAGCUGACACCGCUAGCAAAAUAUUUAUCUGGCUCCCAGCAGAACCGUGGCGGAAGAGGUGGUGGGGGAAGAGGUGGAGGCCGUGGUGCACCCCGUGGACGUGGUGGAUUUGGAGGCCGGGGAGGCGGAGGAUUUGGAGGCCGGGGAGGCGGAGGUUUUGGAGGCCGUGGAGGCAGAGGAUUUGGAGGCCGGGGAGGUGGUGGAUUUGGAGGCCGGGGAGGCGGCGGAUUUGGAGGCCGGGGAGGUGGAGGUUUUGGAGGCCGUGGAGGGGGUCGAUUUGGGGACAGAGGAGGAGGUGGUGGAUUUAGAGGAAGAGGUGGCUUUGGAAGCAGGGGAUUCUCCAGGUCAUAACCUAACAACUGUUGCUUCAAGCCAAAGCAACGUUUGGCAUUGUAUAGGAACACUUCUUUCCAAAUUGUGUCAUUUUAUUUUUCAAACGAGUGCACCUAUGAAUAAAGGUGAUUCACCACCACAACCACUAAUUUUAUCAUGAGGA